AUGAGUACUCAGCCAGGUCGAGUAAAUCCCCAGGAAUUCCUGAAAAACAUAGUCGGUAAACCCGUCAUGGUGAAAUUGAAUUCCGGCGUUGAUUAUCGAGGUAUUCUUGCGUGCCUGGAUGGUUACAUGAACAUCGCUUUAGAACAAACGGAGGAGUACGUCAACGGGCAGCUGAAAAACAAGUACGGGGACGCAUUCAUACGUGGGAACAACGUCUUCUACAUCAGCACCCAAAAGCGAAGAGUCUGA